GAAGGGAAGAGGUAAAGGUCUCUCUCCCUCUCUCUUUCGAUUCGCCUCUCCUCUCCUCCCCUUCCCUUCCCUUUCUCUCAGAAGCCACACUUCUCUCUUCCAUAUUCAUCCCCAACCUUCCUCCUCCUUUGAUUCUUCUUUCUUUUCUUCCCGAGUUUCUUUCUCCUUCUUCUUGUGCUUGCACACCGAGAGCAGCAUAUAAAGAGAAAAAAGAAAAACAAGAAAGGAGAAGGGGAAUCAAAUCCGAUCAACAGAAGCGAGAGGGAAGCACCAUCGACGAGAUCCAAGAAAAGGCGAAGAAUAGGAGGUCGGAAAAAGCAGAAAGAGAGAAGAAAAAGGAGAAGACAACAGGAAAGAGCCACCACCAGAGAGAAGGACAGAGGAAGAGAGCCAAAAAGAAAAGAGAGGGAGAAAGAGAAGAAAAGAAAACCGCGUGUUGGGGUUUCUGUGGUUUUUUGUGGGGAGAACGCCGCGCCGCGCCGCGCCAUUCAUGAGAAGAGCCCCACGGCCGAAGGGAUGAAUCUUCCCGGCAGCCGCCCCACCACUUCACGGCGCAGGCCCAACCUCUCACCGAUCCCCCUCCCAACGCGCGACAUCUCCCUGGCCGUACCCCUCCCCUUGCCGCCGACGAGCACAGCCCCUCCCUCCUCCGGCGCGAUCGCCUUCUCCGACCUCCAGCGCGUCGAACUCAUCGGCUAUGGCAACGGCGGAAAGGUCUACCUGGUACGCCACAUGCCUACCGGCGCCCAGUACGCCCUCAAGGUCAUCUAUGGCAACCACGACGACAACAUCCGCCGUCAGAUCUGUCGCGAGAUCGAGAUCCUGAAGACCACCUCCUCGCCGCACCUGGUGCGCUGCAUCGGCAUGUUCGACAACGGCGGGGAGAUCCAGGUGUUGCUCGAAUACAUGGACGGCGGUUCUCUGGAGGGAAAGCGGUUCGGUGAGGCCCAGCUUGCCGUCUUCUCCCGUCAGAUCCUGGAGGGGCUGAACUACCUCCACCGCGUCAAGAAGAUUGUCCACCGCGACAUCAAGCCCUCCAACCUCCUUACCAACGCCCGCCGCGACUGCGUCAAGAUCGCAGACUUCGGCGUCAGCCGGAUCCUCUCCCAGACCAUGGACCCCUGCAGGUCGUCUGUGGGAACGAUCGCCUACAUGAGCCCCGAGCGCAUCAACACCGACCUCAACGAGGGCAACUACGACGGGUCGGCCGGUGACAUCUGGAGCCUCGGCCUCAGCAUCCUGGAGUGCUACCUGGGGAGAUUCCCUCUAGCAGUGCGGCAAACGGACUGGGCCACCCUCAUGAACGCCAUCUGCUGCGCCCCACCUCCCGAGGCCCCGCCGGAGGCAUCGCCUGAGUUUCGGGACUUCAUCCGGAGGUGCCUUCAGACGGAGCCCACCCAGCGGUGGUCCGCAAGCAAGUUGCUGUCCCACCCCUUCAUCACUCGCCAGCAGAUGAUGCCUCCUCCCCCGCUUCCGGCCUCGGCAAUGAUGCCUCCUCCUCCGCUCCUGACGAUGUCUCCGGCGGUAUUGAUGCCGCCGCCUCGCCUGCAACCCCACCUCCCGCAUCCUAACCCGCACCAACACCCGCAGCAGGGUCUGCACCACCAGCAGGUCCAGGACCACCAGCGAUGAGCAACCUGCGAUUGCUUAAUCGGUGGUGCCAGAAUGGUCUAUCUGAAUCGCCCGCAACGGGUCGCCUUCUUCACCUUCUUGCAUUCUUCUCUUCCUUUCCCUUUUUUCUUUUCUUGGUUGGUGGUCAUGGCGGUUUUAUUCCUGGUGGGGCAGGCGAUUUGGGGCUGUUGGGGUUCUUUGUCCCUUUCUCGCUUUCUUUUCUUCGUUCUUUAUUUUGGGUUCGCAUUUAGGUGGAGAGAUGGGUUGGGGUGAAUGGAACGCCAUGGAUGCCUAAAAGAGGGAGUUGAAAUUGUAGAUGGUGUUCUUCUCUCUUCUGUGCCAUCUUUUCCCUCUUCCCUCUAAAUCUCCAUUUUGGGGUUCUUUUGCUUUUCUUCUCUUAGAAGUGUCGUCCGAAGAAAGGGUAGAAUGGGAUUCAAUUAAACUCUCUCUCCCUCUCGCCAUGAAAUGUCAAGAGCUGUUCCACAUAAUACCAAUGCAAUGAAUCGAUUUAUGAACAACCGGUUUGCUUU